AUGGUACUGGGCAUUCUAACUGCUAUUGCCGCUUGUCCGGCAAUCAUUGGAACAGUAGAGGCAGUGCGCCAAGGCCAAAGACAGAGCGCCAGAGAGAAACAUCGCGGUCUGAAGACGAAUCUUUCAGUGGUCUGCUCGCGCGAAUCAAUUGGUGGCCGUGAGAUCAAUGGAUGCACAGUGGUACUUAGCGAGAAUAAGCUGUACCUUAAUGUGCCAUCAGACGAAUCUCCAGAAGGUCAUCUAGAGGAUCACCCAUUUGCCGGUUACUUUCUCCCCUACCCUGACCACGAUUGGGGACGGCAGGGUGAAGGCAUGGUGUCGACCAUCUCAAAUGACCCGCCCCAGCUAAAUUGGAUUUAUGUGGAUCGUGACACCUGUGAGGUCAAAUAUGGCGACCGUAUUGCCUCCGAACCUCACAUCAUUGGACCGUGGGAUGUUACCAAGAUGGAUCGAAGAGUCAUGUUGAUAGGAUGGGAAGGCUUCAUGGCAGUUCAAUACGGCCCAGGAGAAUGGGCAUUGUAUUUUGAUAUAGAUGACAACGGAUUACAGGGUGUUAUUGGAGACGACAUGUCGAAAAUGGAAGUUGAGCUGGUGCGGAGGGAGAUGAGGGAGCCAAAAACGUCGACGAGUCCGGUACCGGUAGAAGGAGCCGAAGCCGAAGCUAACGAACGAGAGUGACUGAC